GGCAACCCCCUGGGCAGCCUGCCCGCCGCCGCCUUCCCGGCCCUGCCCGAGCUGCACGACCUCAGCCUGAGCAGCUGCGAGCUGCGGGCCGUGGAGGCGGACGCCCUGGCCCCCCUGCCCAGCCUGAGGCAGCUGGACCUCCGCGGCAACCCGCUGGACUCCGUGAGCCCGCGGGCCUUCGGCAACACCAGCAGCGCCCUGCGGGAGCUCAGCCUCGCUGGCGCCCUGGCCAACCUCAGCGCCGUGGCCGCCCUGCUGCAGGGGGGCACGCUGCCCAGCCUGGCCCGCCUGGACCUGGCUGACAACGGGAUGUUCUCCCUGCCCGAGGGCAUCUUCUCCGCCCUGCCCAGCCUGCAGCACCUGGACCUGCGCAACAACUCCCUGGUGAGCCUGCACAACGUGUCCUUCCAGGGCCUGCGCCAACUGGAGAGCCUCAACCUCAGCGACAACUCCCUCAUGCGCCUGAAGAACGCCACCCUCUCCCAGCUCCGCAGCCUGCCCAGGCUCCAGAGGAUCAGCCUCAGCCGCAACCCCUGGGUCUGCGACUGUAACAUCGAGGACAUGGUGAACUGGCUCAAGGAGAGCAACCAGGUGGAGGGCAAGAGCUCGCUGAGCUGCUCCUACCCUGACGGCCUGUUGAACAAGACGCUGGUGAAGAUCCGCAGCUCAGACCUGAACUGCUCCCUGCCAGUUGACAUCCAGUCCCAGCUCCAGACUUCUUACGUCUUCCUAGGAAUAGUCCUGGCCCUCAUCGGAGCCAUUUUUCUCCUGGUUUUGUAUUUGAACCGAAAAGGAAUCAAAAAGUGGAUGCACAAUAUCAGGGAUGCGUGUAGGGAUCACAUGGAGGGAUAUCACUACAGAUACGAGAUCAACGCAGACCCCAGGUUGACAAACCUCAGCUCCAACUCAGAUGUCUGAGGAAGCUGUGGAAAAAGCAAGACAAUGCACAAUAGCUAUGCAUGAAAUGUAGACUUAAGCUUUACCCCCAUGCUUGCUUCCCCUCUCCCAGAGAAAUGACAGACUUAUUAUUUGUGCCAUGCGGGGAAUAUGCCUCCAUGUGAUGUCAAGUUCAUUAUUGUUUUCUGUUAUCCUGAGAUAUUGAGCAAUUGUGCAUGGUGUUGGGCUGUACAUAAGAAAUAUGCUGCUACUCCCUCUCCCCCUACCUGACUUUGGAACUCACUGUCAACGCUUGUUUGGGGAAAGAAGUUCAAAAUCGAAAAGGAAACAAGGAUUUUCUUUCUUCAGAUGCUCCCAAUGCACUGGAGCGUUUAGAAUGCACCAAUACAGAUACCAUUCAACAAAAGCUGCCUCAGCCUUUUUUGGGAAAAAAUAUGUUAUACUCAUCAAUACUGGUUUUGUUCUUAUGUAUCCUAAUUGUGAAGAAACAAAAACCCGAAUUCCAUAGACUAUCUACCGGUUUAACAAAGCUUCUUUUAACAAAUCCCUCUGUACAAAGAAGCAAAUAAGAUAGUAAGCAUGCACAAAUACUUUAUAGUUUUACAUGUUAGGGGAAACUUACAACCUCAGUAACACGCUGACCAUUUUGUAAAGUUACUUUUGAUUGCAGUUUACAUGAAAACAGAAUGCUUUUUUAUAUAAACUGCAUAUACUCAGUUUCAACUGUUAAAUUCAAUAAACCUUCUUACAGGAACUA